GUUUUAUUCAGUAUGAAAUAACUUGAAUUAAUCCAAAUUGUUUUUACAAUGCUAGGUAGGCUAAUGGAUUCUCUUUCAUUCAAACGUAACAAACAUGUCAGAGUUAUCAUCAAUAUGCUAUCGUUGCCCCGCCCCUCCCUGACAACCAGCACGCCUCUUUUUCAUCUCCUAGCAACCAGUCCGCCAGCUCUCUCUGUCCCUCUCCACAGGCUCUCUGCCCGCUCCGGACACGCCGCGUCCCGGACUAAAAGUUGCCUAAAAAGCGGGGCAAAACCUCCAGACCCUCUAUGGAACCGAAGCCAGAGUGAGCCGGGCUUUCGAAGCCGAAGGCGCCGCCAUGAACGAUCGGUACCACCGGGCGGCCAGUGACGGCUACCUGGACGUGCUGAAGGAGGCCACACGGAAGGAGCUGAACGCACCGGACGAAGAUGGGAUGACACCGACCUUAUGGGCUGCUUACCACGGCAACCUGGAGGCGCUCCGGCUCAUCGUGGGGAGAGGAGGGGACCCAGACAAGUGUGACAUCUGGGGGAACACACCACUUCACCUGGCAGCUGCCAACGGCCACCACAACUGCCUGUCCUUUCUGGUGGCUUUCGGUGCCAACGUGUGGUGUCUGGACAAUGACUACCACACACCGCUGGAUAUGGCUGCCACCAAAGGCCACAUGGAUUGUGUUCGUUACUUGGACUCCAUCGCUGCCAAGCAGAUUACCCUCAACCCAAAGCUGGUCAGCAAACUUAAGGACCGGGCUUUCCGCGCCGCCGAGCGCCGGAUCAAAGAGUGCGCAAAGCUUCAGAAGAAGCACCGAGAGCGUAUGGAGAGGAAGUUUAUGAAGGAAUCCGUGGCUUUAGACAACAUGGAUGCUAUUAGCUUUUCUAGCUACACCAGCAGCAGCACACUGAGUCGCAAGUUCAACACUGUCACCUCCAACAUGCCAUACUCGCAGGCCACUCUGCACUCCACAGCCAAGGGCAAGGCCAAGAUACAGAGGAAGCUGGAGAAGAAGAAACAGGUUGAUGGAACGUUCAAGAUCUACGAGGACGGGAGGAAAAGUGUGCGCUCGCUGUCUGGCCUGCAGCUAGGCAACGAUGUAAUGUUCCUUAAACAGGGCACCUACGCCAACCCCAAGGAGAGGUCACGCCUCAACAUACGCGACAUGUUCCCCCGUGACAAUGAUGACGAUGCAGACACUGUCUCCCGUGCCAUGAGCGACCCGGGCCUCCAUGAGGCUGCAUAUUCAGAGAUUAGCGCUGACUCCGGUCGUGAUUCACUGUUCACCCGACCUGGGCUUGGCACCAUGGUUUUCAGGAGGAACUACAUGAGUGGGGGCAUGUUUGGGAUUGGGACACGGGAUGAGGGGAGUGUCGCAGGGAGUGAACCUGUGGGCCGGGCGCCUAAUGUUCGUCUGCGAGGACAUCUGCCGCGACGCUCACCCAGUUUUGACGAGGACAGCAUCGGAAGUGCCUUGAGCCUUCAAGAAAGAAACCUGCAGGAGUUGCCUUGGGAGGAGGCUGAUAUUGAGCUGGAUGAGGACAUGGAGCCAGAAAACAGUCCUCUUGAGACAUUCCUGGCCUCGCAGAGCCUCGGUGAAUUCCUGCAGAUCUUCAGGAGAGAGAAGAUCGACCUGGAGGCUCUGCUACUUUGUUCAGAUCAGGACCUCUCUAGCAUUCACAUCCCUUUGGGCCCCAGGAAAAAACUGCUGGAUGCCUGCAAGAGACGCCUGGACACCUUAGAUGGACCAGAAGCCAUUGAAGACACUGAACUUUGAAGGUCAGUGCCGAGAAAUAUAUAUUUUAUUUUAAAAGUGAAGCACCAGUCUGCACCACUCAUUCCUACCAGAUAAGACAUAAGCUACUGUGUUUGCAUGCAUCAGCAUAGCUCUUAGAUCCCAUUUACUAAGGAUGACCAACAUCGCAGAAUUAUGAGGAUAUGAAUCAGAGUGUGGAUGACAUUUGUUAGUGUUAAAAAUACAGUUAUUAAUAAGAAUAAUAAGUUUAUUAGCUACAAUAUUAAUCAACUAAUUGCUGCAGCUCUAAACAGAGAGUAGUACAAGUAAGUGUUAGUAUUAUAUAAUUAGCCACUUCUAAUAAGCUAUAAUAGCUAUAAUAAGUAUCAGUAUAGGUAUCAAUAUCAGUGAGUCUGUCCUGGUCUUACUCUCCAUCAUGGGAAUAUGAUUUUUUUUUUUUUUUGUCAUAUUUUCCCCUCUGACUCCCAGUGUGGCUCCACCCAACUUCAACCAAAAAACACCUGUGUGGGUGUGCAAAAGAAAAAGAACCUUUUUCAUAUGAAACUCCACAAGACCAGACACCUGUUUACUGGCUAAAUAGCACCAUCUUGUGGCCUUUUGGGAUAUAACAAGAUGAGGUUUAAGAGCCGGAUGAUCUAAAGCCAUUUUAGUAACAUGACACUUGUGUUAAUAUUUCAUUACACACUUAGAGUACAGUCAUGUAUAAUAUUAUUUUGUCUGUAUAUUCACAGGAUAAAGUUACAGUAAUGUUGUUAUGCGUACUUGAUGCCAGUUCCAUGUAAUGUUAUUGUUCCCCUGUGGAGGCAACAUGGAUUCUCAGCAUCUGAUAGAGACUUAGAAAAGAAGUAAUGAACAUUUUAUGGGAAAAUUUUGCCACAUAUGCAGACACAUGGACACACAUUCUGUAUUGUGUUUGUAUGGAUAAUCAGUGAAAUUUAGUCCAAUUGUUACUGUGACACCUUGUUAUCUCUGCAUAAUGUAUUAAUUAACAUAUUAGUGAAUGUACCUAAAUAUUGUUGUUUAUUAUGUCUUCUUUGUACCGUUUUCUUACUUUGAAUAUGUUGUUUUACUCCUUGGCACAUACACAAAUGUAACUAUACAUUUUUGACCGACUGACUGACUUUUGCUCUACAAACACUGUUGCAAUAGCAAAAACAAUGGGGUGUCACUGUGAGGUUACGUAUGUGUGUGCUAGAUAACACUGUUAUCUUGGGUUGCUCUUUGGUUUCACUGGAGGUUUGUCUGCCUGUGCACUUGAGAGAAUGGCUGUGCAUGAAUGUACAUUUUUAUGUUGGCAAAAUCAGUUUUUGUAAUAAUCAUCUUAAGAUGUCCUCACAAGCAUAAUUAUCUUUUAUUAGAAUAA